UUUUAGGGAUAAAUCCUUCCCUGUGAGGGUGGUGAGCCCCUAGCACAGGAUGCCCAGAGCAGCAGUGGCGGCCCAGACCUGGAAUUGUCAAAGACCAGGUUGGAUGGGCUUGGAGCACCCUGGGACAGUGGAAGGUGUCCCUGCCCAUGGCAGGGGUGGGAUGAGGUGGUCACCAAAGUCCCCUCUAAUGCAAACCAUCCUGCAAGCCUCUGAUAACAGAUCUGGGCACAGGGGUGACCAAACCCCCCAAACUCUCCCUCCCCCAGGGGAAGCAGCAGCCAGGAGGGCACCCCUGGGGCCACUCUUUAGGGCGUUUUAGGGGGAUUUUAUUUUCCCCGCAGCAAAACCAAGCCCACCCUUUGUGUCAGGACUCGACGCUACUUUUUUCUGAACGCGAGAGCCUCCCUCGGAGAGGGAGGGGGGGGUGGCCCGGCACCCCAGCUUUGACGCGCAGCCCUGGUGACUCAAGCCUGCGUCAGGGGCUGCGUGUCCCUUCGCGCUGAUUUUUUUUUUUUUAAUAUAUUUUUUUAAAUUGCUUUUCCCUUCCUUUCUUUAUUUCCCGGGAGCCGAGCGGAGUUACCUCCCUCCGGCUGAGGCGAGCGGGGCCGGGCGAGCCAGCGCGCAUCCACCGGGCGGUGGCGGGGCGGGGUGGGGGGGACCCGGAGCGGAGCCUCCGGUACCUCGGAGCUUCAUCGCGGAGCGUUCCCGGCCGCCGCUCGCCUUUCCCCGGCCGCUGCUGCUCCCGGCUCCCCGCAGCACCGGCAGCCUCGGAGCGGCCCCGCCGCCGCCCGGACUCGCCGCCCCUCAGCGGAGCGGGGGGAACCUGGCUGAUUUCUCCGGGAAUUUGCGCCGUUUCCUCCGGGAGCGGGCCGGUUUCGCCUGGAAUCGCCUGGGUUUCAUCCUCCCGCAGCGCCCAGGUCCUGCUGAUGAAGAGGAGGUGAGGCCCGAGCUGUAGCUCACACCCUCUGCUCUUCCCUGUGGCGCCUCCACCCUCUUCCCCCAGCCCGUCCCGGCCCCGGGGCCGCCCGCAGCCGCCCCCAUGCCCAAGAACAGCAAGGUGACGCAGCGGGAGCACAGCAGCGAGCAUGUCACCGAGUCGGUGGCCGACCUGCUGGCCCACCAGGAGCCCGUGGACUACAAACGGAGCGUCCUCAACGUGACGGGGGAGGCCUGGGACAAGCAGAAGGAGGGGGACGAGGACCUGGACGAGGAGAACCGGCCGGCCUGGAACAGCAAGCUGCAGUACAUCCUGGCACAGAUCGGCUACUCCGUGGGGCUGGGCAACGUCUGGCGCUUCCCCUACCUGUGCCAGAAGAAUGGAGGAGGUGCCUACCUGGUCCCGUACCUGGUCCUGCUCAUCAUCAUCGGGCUGCCCCUGUUCUUCCUGGAGCUGGCGGUGGGGCAGCGGAUCCGCCGGGGCAGCAUCGGCGUCUGGAAUUACAUCUGUCCCCGCCUGGGGGGCAUCGGCUACGCCAGCUGCCUGGUCUGUUUUUUUGUUGGUCUCUACUACAACGUCAUCAUCGGCUGGAGCAUCUUCUACUUCUUCAAGUCCUUCCAGUACCCCCUGCCCUGGAGCGAGUGCCCCAUCGUGAGGAACGGCUCCGUGGCCGUUGUGGAGACUGAAUGUGAGAGGAGCUCAGCCACCACCUACUUCUGGUACCGGGAGACCCUGGACAUCUCCAACUCCAUCUCGGAGAGCGGCGGGCUCAACUGGAAGAUGACCCUGUGUCUGCUGGUGGCCUGGAGCCUUGUUGGCUUGGCCAUGAUCAAAGGCAUCCAGUCCUCGGGGAAGGUGAUGUACUUCAGCUCCCUCUUCCCGUACCUGGUGCUCGUUUGCUUCCUGGUGCGGGGCCUUCUGCUGCGAGGGGCAGUGGAUGGGAUCAUGCACAUGUUCACACCCAAGCUGGACAAGAUGCUGGACCCCCAGGUGUGGCGUGAAGCAGCCACACAGGUGUUCUUCGCCCUGGGCCUGGGGUUUGGGGGGGUCAUUGCCUUCUCCAGCUACAACAAGCAGGACAACAACUGCCACUUCGACGCCACCCUUGUCUCCUUCAUCAACUUCUUCACGUCUGUGCUGGCCACCCUGGUGGUGUUUGCUGUGCUGGGCUUCAAGGCCAACAUCAUGAACGAGAAAUGCGUGGUGGAGAAUGCUGAGAAGAUCUUGGGCUACCUGAACACCAAUGUGCUGAGCCAUGACCUCAUCCCACCCCACGUGAACUUCUCCCACCUCACUGCCAAGGACUACAACGAGAUGUACAGGGUGAUCAUGACGGUGAAGGAGGGGCACUUCAAAGAGCUGGGCCUGGAUGCCUGCCUGUUGGAGGAUGAGCUCAACAAGUCGGUGCAGGGGACUGGCCUGGCCUUCAUUGCCUUCACAGAAGCCAUGACCCACUUCCCAGCCUCGCCCUUCUGGUCCGUCAUGUUCUUCUUGAUGCUGAUCAACCUGGGCUUGGGGAGCAUGAUCGGGACCAUGUCGGGCAUCACCACGCCCAUCAUCGACACCUUCAAGGUGCGGAAGGAGGUGUUCACAGUCGGUUGCUGCAUCUUCGCCUUCGUAGUGGGGCUGAUCUUUGUGCAGCGUUCUGGAAACUACUUUGUCACCAUGUUUGACGAUUACUCAGCCACGCUGCCACUCACCGUCGUGGUCAUCCUGGAGAACAUCGCUGUGGCAUGGAUCUACGGCACCAAGAAGUUCAUGCAGGAGUUGACAGAAAUGCUGGGUUUCAGGCCCUACCAGUACUACUACUACACCUGGAAGUACGUGUCUCCCAUCUGCAUGGCCGUGCUCAUGACCGCCAGCAUCAUCCAGCUGGGAGUCAGCCCCCCAGGAUACAGCGCAUGGAUCAGAGAGGAGGCUGCUGAAAAGUUCCUGUUCUACCCAACCUGGGCCAUGGCCAUCCUCAUCUGCCUGAUCAUCCUGGCAUCCCUCCCUCUGCCCCUGGUCUUCAUCCUCCGGCAGUUCCACCUCGUGUCGGACGGCUCCAACGCCCUCUCCGUCACCUACAAGAAGGGCCGGAUGAUGAAGGACAUCUCCAACCUGGAGGACAACGACGAGACCCGCUUCAUCCUGAGCAAGGUGCCCAGCGAGACCCCGUCCCCCAUGCCCACGCACCGCUCCUACCUGGGCCCCGGGGGCAACUCCCCCAUGGAGAUGAGCAGUGCUCCCAAUGGACGGUACGGGAGCGGGUACCUGCUGGCCAGCACCCCUGAAUCCGAACUGUGAGGGCUGCCUGCCCUGCCCGCCACCCCCGCCGGCAGAGGGGGGCACUGGGGAGUGGAUCCUGUCUGUCCAGGCAACAGGGAAUUUAAUUACUAAGGAAGAUGAAGAAGAAACCCCUCUUAAAAUCGUAAGCAAAGCAGCCGUUUCUAAGGUGAAGUCGGGAGGAAGGGAUUGCAGGAGGGGCAGGACUCCUCUGACAACCCUCGGUGGAAAGGCAGGACCCCUGGACUCAUCUCCGGGGAAGGGAGGAGGAGUAAGAGACGCUGCAAUACCUUCCCAAGAGCUGUCCUCAUGCAGCUCAAAUCUGAAGCAAAGAAUCUCUUUCCUAAGCAGCUGAUGGUUGGAACAAGGACCUGGCAGCAGGUGGGAAGCCAACCACGCUUCCUCCUGUCACCCAGAGCUCUUCCCUCCCCGUCUGUUGUCCUUUAGCCGGGAGGAGUCAUGGCCUUAUUCCAACGAGCACAAUUAAUCAUCGAUGUUCAUAGCACAAAAAGGUGCUGUUGUUGUCACCAUCGUUGUUGUUGUUGUUGUAUCUCCUGUAGGUUUUUAUAGCUGUGGACACACCCAAGUAACUCCCCCAGAUUCUCACAGGGUUGGCAGGGAGCAGCGCGGGGCUGGCUGAGGUGUUGGGGGGUGUGAGGCAGGGCAUGGGGCAUCCCUGGAAUCUUUGUUGCCACCAGCAAAGGGGCGGUGGCCGGGAGUUGUUUGGAGGCACGGAGAUGUCACAUGCAUGGGAUGGAGGGGCUGGGGUGCUCUGUGGGUUGGUGUGAUGGUGCUGAGUGGCAGGAGGACCCCUGAGCUGACAGUGUUUGGGGGGUGUGAGCCUGUGUGGGGCCUGGAUGGGGGUCAGGAGAGCUCUGCUGGAAUUACUCCUGACGUGUGGGAUACUCUGCUGAACCAAAAUCCCUGGCAUGGUGAUCAUCUCCUCUCACUCCUCUCCUUAGAUGUCCCAGAGGGACAAGCAGAGGAGCUGUGGGACACCCAGUCCCACCACACUCCUGGUUUAGCUCUCAGGAAUCCACCCCUGACUUCCCUCCCUUGCCCCCUGCCGAGGUAAGCUGGCAGUGGUUCUCUCUGGAUGUGCCUCCUCAUUUCUCCUCGUGUCCCCUCCAUGCCAGGGAGGGGGACAUUGCCUCCUGUCACACCCCAAGGAGCUCAGCAGCCUUUGGAUGGGGGUGACCAGCUCUUGGGGACCACAGGCAUCCAGACCACAGGCUCUUAGGGGCCAGUGCUGGGUGCCAGGUCCCCUCCAGCUCUUGAUCCAGAGCCCCUGUGAGAGUCCAGGGGCCUCUCUUAUGCCCAUCCAUGUUUUUGGGGGAUCAGACUGAUGUGACCUGAUGUGCCCAGGCUGUCUGGGAAAGGGUGGGAUCUUCUAGCUCGGAGUGUCUCCCUCUGGGACUGAGGGUCAUUUCCCUGCAUCCUACGUGUAACCAAGCACUUCUGCCAAGGAUAACCUGGCAUCAUCCCCCUUUUCCUUGGGGACAUGGAAGCAGCAGCCUCCUUGCAGCCUCUCUCCCCUCUGUUCCCUCCAAAGGCUGGGGGAGUGCCUCAUCCUGGGUCCUGCUGGCUUAGGUUGUGCAUGGAGAUCUUUCAGGCCCCUCUGAGGGCCACAUCUGUGGAUGCUGGUUCAGACCCCUUCUCCUCUCCACUUUCCAGUUGCUUUUCUUCCACCUUGGUUCUCCUUUUCCACCUGGCUGGAGGUGAAGGCAGAAAGCAGCUGGUCCAUCCACCACACCCCUGAUUCUCAGCAUCCCCGUGGCCAGGAGGUUCCCACAGUGACAUCUCUUGAGGGUGUGAUCCUUUAUUCACAGUCUUCUCCAAGGACUUGGCUGGUGACCUGGAAACUCUUCCCAGACAAUUAGCUCAAGCCCUUCAUUAACAGAUUUUCUGGCGGAGGAGUGGACUGAACCAAAGCAGCUCAGUGAUUGUUCCAAGAGGCACCAGAUCUGAGAGUCGGGAUCAGCCACGCUCCUCCAGAAGCUCCCCCUUCCUCAUCCCCUCCACUGUCUUUCUCCUUCCUCUGCCCCUGCAAGAAGGACACAGAAAUGUCCCCAUGGCACCAUCUCUGGAAGGGAGAAGCCCAAAUCCAGGAGCGUUUUCAGCACCACGUUCCCUCCCAUUUCUAAUGGGGUCCAUCCUCACCUGACCAGCAGAGCAGAGGAUGAGUCAAAUCAUUGCCCAGCAUCCCCUCCCGACACCCCCGAGCCUGGGGCCGGGUUCCCACCGUAGCUCCCAUGGAGUUAACGGAGCAGGACACCCCCCAUAGCCAAAACUCUCAGUCCCACAUGCUCCCAUGGCUCGAUGCUCCUUGAACCCUGGGGGGAAGGAUCCGGCUCUCCACCUCUCCCACCCCCGUUCCCAAACCAGCCAGGGAAGCAUUUGCUUUCCUCUCUGCUUCUUGCAGCAUCAACAGGAGGCAAAGUCAAUAAGAAGGUAACAAAGAAGCUAUAUUAUAUAUAUAUAUAUAAAAUAUAUACAGAGAGAGGAGAUGGAAUAAUAACCUAGAGAUUCUCUAUUUCUAUUGUAUAUUUAUUCUGUAAAUGUCACUGUAAAUGCUGUUAAAUGACAAAUGGUAUUCCGAAGUGGCCCAUGACCUAUUUUCAUUCCCAGUGCUGUACAGAUCAAUUCUCAUUCUAUAGCAGGGCGUAUUUUUACCUUUUUAUUUCUUGUGCGUGGUGGGUGCACGUCCCCUCCUCCCCCCCAGCCCCAGAGGAUGAGGAGGAGGAGGAGGAGGAGGAAGAGUGACGACACCUUUACUUUUUAUCUGUGGAAAUACCGUGUUUUGUCGUGGCAUUUGCUCAGUGUUAGACACGGGCUGUGGGGUGGGGAGUGUGUGUGUGUUAGGUUUUAGGGGCUCCGUGUUGUCGCCGUGGGAGCGUGCGCGUGUUCGUCCGUAGAUGCCGUGCGUGGGCUGUGCGCGUGUCCGUGUGCGUGGGUGGCUUUAGGAUUCACUUCUGGCUGUACUCGCUCACUUUCCGAGCCUGCCUGGGGGCUCCUCCCCGCUCGCCGGGGCAGGUUCUCCCUGCACACACCUCCUCGGGGUCCCAGGCUGUGGAUCGGGCUGACCCCCAGUGGCUUUUAGCCCUAGGAAUCACUUCUUUUCCUCUUUUUCUGCACAGAGGCACAGGGAAUAGCUGCUAGUUGUGAGCACAGGCACUUUUCAGUUUUCCUUCAGGCAGUGGGACAAAGAGGGGGGGAACUACUGCCGAUGUCCCUGUCCCCCCACAUCAGCUCCUUGAGGGGUUCCCAGCCCAGCUCCUGCUGCUCGGAGCAGUGCGGUGUCCCUGGCCGGGGGACGGGGAGGCACUGGGUGAGUCAGGAGGGUCCGAACCCUGUUCCCUCUCUGGGGGAGGCUGUUCAGUGGGUCUGGAGAGGGCAGGAAGGAGGUUGCUACAGGGGCACACCCUGCGGUGCUGCAGCUGCAGGUCCAGCCGGUGGGGCUGCAGUUGGGGUGCUCUGCUCCCCAGCAUCUGCUGCAGGGACCUUGCCCCCGGUGCGAGGCAGAGGGGAUGACUGGAGCUGAUGACCGCGGUGUCCCACGGCUCAUCCCCCUCAAUCCCUUCAAAACAGCCCCUUCCUCACCUCUCAGCUCCUGCCCAGACCCCGAGAGGUCACAUCAAGCCCCAGCACCUCCCAGAAGCAGCUCCCACUGCCUUCUACUGCCCCCCACCCUUCCCGAGCGUGGGUCUCGCCAGCAGGAGCGGGGCCGGGUGGCCUCGGUGGCCGGGGGGGACAUGGCACAGCCGUGGCAGCAGCAGGACGCGGCUGCCUCCCCUGGGACAAGCACAACGCUGGGAACCCCUCCCGUACAGGUAAAGCACAGAGCUCGCAGUGGCGCGUCCCGUGUCCCCUGUAGCCGCAGUAGUUCCCCCGUGCGCCGGGCGGGGCCGGGCUGCACCGCCCGGCCCCUCGGCCACCGAGAGAAACCCUGUAAGAGCUGUACCAGAGUCUGAUUAAAAGUCUCUUCU